AUGAUCGUCAAAGAACCUUCCCCAUGCCAAUUAAGGUUUGUUGAAGCAAUAGAAGUCAAUUUUCUUUUCCACCCAUCGUUCCCGAUUCCCCAUCAACUCUCUGCGUCGACCAUUUGUCGUUCAUCACCAAAACAAAAGGCAUUGGUUACACGACUUGUUAAAGAGGGAACCGGAAAGACGACAUUAGCAAUCGGCGAUGGAGCUAACGAUGUCGGAAUGAUUCAAGAAGCCGACAUCGGAAUCGGAAUCAGUGGAGUUGAGGGAAUGCAGGCGGUUAUGUCGAGCGACAUCUCAAUUGCUCAAUCCGGUUUUUGGAACAAUUGCUAUUAG